AUGGCCUCCCAACCCAAAAUCACCCUCUACUGGCUCAACGAAUCCCGCGCCCAGCGCAUCGCCUGGCUCCUCGAAGAGCUCCACCUCUCCUACGACGUGCAAAUCUUCCACCGCGACGCCAACAUGCAAGCGCCCCCAGAACUCCAAAAGAUCCACCCCCUCGGCAAAUCCCCCGUCCUCGGCAUCACCCCUUCGUCUUCCGCCUCAUCCUCCGCAGGGAGCGGUUCUCAACCCAAAGAGAAGAAGGAGCUCAUCCUCGCCGAAAGCGCCGUCAUCGCGCAGUAUUUGACCGAACAUUUUGGUAAACAAACCUCCCUUCUACCAAGGCAGUACCGCGAGGGUGAGGAAGGCCAAGUAGGCGGGGAGACGGAGGAGUGGCUGCGGUAUCAGUAUUAUCUGCAUUAUGCUGAGGGGAGUUUGAUGCCGCCGAUUCUGGUUGGGAUUAUCCUGGAUAUCCUCAAAGGCCCCAAAAUCCCCUUCUUCAUCCGGCCCAUAACAAGCUCCAUAGUCUCCAAACUCUACGCCGCCUUCCUCCUCCCCGAAAUCCUCCGACACCUCGCCUUUCUCGAAUCCCAGCUUGAGACGGCACCGCAAGGUGGAGCGUAUUUGUGCGGUGCCGAACUAACGACGGCGGAUAUCCUUAUGGGGUUCCCGAUCCGCGAGGCGAAGAAUGCUUUUGCGGGGUUGGAAGUGGGUGAUGGGAAGGGGACGGUGGGGGAACGGUUUCCGAGGCUGUGGAAGUAUUUGGAUUUGUUGGAGGGGGAGGAGGGGUAUAAGAAGGCGGGGGUGAAGAUUGCGGAGUUGGAGAAGAGGGCCAAGGGGGAGAGUAAGUAG